CAGCGCUUCGUUGUAUCCGCUUUUUAGGAGCACUCCCGCGGAGCGCAGCGAUCGACGCAGCUGGGUCUGGGAGACGAGCUGUCUGAUUCUGCCUGUUGUUGUUGUUUCUCCUCGGCGUCAUGAGGGGCCGUUUGAUUUGUUAGUCUUGUAGCAUCGUUUAAGGUUAACUGGGAAGAAAAAGAAACGGUGAUAUUUGGGCUGCAAACGGAGUAUGGAACUCAUUAGCUGUUAUCCACUUUUCCUCCUGGGAUUGUUGUCAGUCUCACUGGCCUACGUGGAGCCGCCGACCAACGUGACUCUACGCUGCCAUAACCUCCACAACAUCCUGGAGUGGGACUAUGGCAUACUCUUGCCUGACAUUCGAUUUAAAGUCACUAUCCAACCAUAUAGCGGCUCUGCUCUGGUGUUUUGGGUGGACCCACAAGAGCUACAAUUGGACAUAUCAUCUCUCAGUGAUUCAAGCAAUUCCUAUUAUCUGGAAGUUAUUGCUGUGGUCGGUCAGAAUGAGUCUGAGCCUGCCCCUCGCAACGGGAUCACUUUCAGCUAUUUCCAGGAUUCUCUGACACGUCAGAAAUGUUCUCUGGACCUCCCACCAGUUAACGUCACCACUGAGCCAUAUGACCAUGUCCUGUACCGCUUCUUCCAUCCGUGGCUGUGGCACCACCAGAUGCUGAGUAACAAUCCAAAUCCAAAAAGUCGACAGAAGAAAAGCAAUGAUGCACCUACGAAAAAUCAGCUACCACAGUUCGAUUACACAGUUCUGGUUGGCAGCCAGAAGAAGCAACACCGUUAUUCAUGUGUGAAGUCGGUGUGUGAGAAGAAGAUCCCAGUGGACGAUACACAGGAGAAACACUGUCUGAACAUCACAGGAGAGGUGGACCGAAUGGCAGUUAAAUCCACACAGCUGUACUGCGCCAUGCCACUAAUGCCACCGGAGCAAAACAGUUACAUCGUCUACAUCGUGAUCAUCAUGUUGAUUCUCACCACAGUUCUUCUUGUCAUUGUCUUGGUGUACAAGAAGAAGACCAGAGCCUCAACUCCAUUUCCCACAUCUAUGUCUAUCAAACCAAAGCUGCCGGACACAGUGGGACCAAGUCAAGAUGAGUUUGCUGUGCCAACAUUGGAGCCUUCCUCUCCCACACCUCUACUCUCUCCACACUCAAAAGAGGAUGAAUUCACACUUACUGUUACUCCCACGGCUGAGCCUGACUUCCGUGGGCGCAUCGGUUUGUCAGGAGAGGGUGAAGAUGUGAGGGACGACGUGGAGGAAGGGCACCUGAACGAUGACAGACAUGAGUACAUGGAAGGCGGCAACUUGGAUGAAGAUGGGACACAAAACUCUAGUGAUGUCUCUUCUGGUUAUGAGAAACGUGAAGUAUUAGUUGACAUGGGGGAGGACGAACUGGCUGAGGGCUACCGAACUCGUAACCUCUGAACAUCGUGGCACAUUGAAUCUUAGGUCAAAUGGGGCUCUUUUAGAAAAUGCCAAGUAAAAAUCAAACCAGGAGCCUUUCCUCCUGUUAGUGUGUUCUGAAAACAGUUGCAUUUUCCUUUUUGGUUACAUAUAUAUGCAAGAGCAGUUGUAAGAAUAAAAACAUCAUUUGAUUACAUAAAAAAGCUAUUUUGAUUUGAACACUUAUUUGGGUCUCAAUUCAAACAGCCCAUGAUCCAUUCUGCUGCACUUUAACUUUGCAUGCAUAGCAGAGCUAGUGGGUGAUCAUCUUAUAGAUAUAUGAUGUGUUAACAAUAUAUUCAUAUAGUAAGGCUAACUACUAUUCAGAAAAUCUGUCAUCUUUAAUGGGAUUUUAAGCAAUAUCCUUGCGCAGAAUGUAGUGGCCAGGAUUUCAGCAUUGCAAACGAAAGAAAAACUAUAUGACUAAAAAGAAACAACACGUUCCUCACUGGUUACCAGUUCAUUUAAUUUUGAUUUUAAAGUUUCAUUUAUGAGGGAGACUGGCCUACAGAUCUGUGCUGGUCAGCUCCCUCAUGUCCUCAGGUGCAAACAUUUAUGGUUGUUUUGUAGUUUGGUGUACAUUGGUUUUGUUUAUUUGUUCAUUUUUAUGUUUUUUACAGUAGUACUUUGCCAAUGAAAACAAAGGUCAUAUCUUUUUUGUUAUUAUUUCCAAAUCACUGCCUACUGCUGUGCACCUGGUAAUAGAAAGAGAAAAAUAAAGAAAGAUUGUGUUGCACUAUAUUAGAACUGAUCCAAUCAGUUAUAUCACAAAGUGACUUUGACAUUGAUCCCACUGAAGAAAAUAAUUCAGAGGUGAGAGCCUGUAAACCAAAUCCAUCCAGAUGAGGUGGAGGUAGUGAAGUGUUCGCUGGGUGAAAGGGAAGAUGCCUUAAAUACAAGAAGCACCUUUUCAAUGAGGUUGAUGGUUGACAAAAAAAAUUCUGUGAACCUACUGUAGCUCAGUGAGUUUUGUUGAAUAAUAACAGAAACACAGUGUUGCGAUGUAAAUGGACUAGAUUUCUGCUUAAGUGAUGACUUGUUGAUUUACCUGACUGAGGUACCUCCUGAGUUUUGAGCGUCUGUCAGAUCUCCUUUUUAAAACAUUCAUAAACAUUUAUGUACAGUUGCAUCCCAUCUGUUGCAUGCACGCAAGCAUUACCAUAUUCAACAGUUACUGAGCUGAGUAGUCAAAAUACUGUGUUGUGUUCACUGCAGAAUACUAUGUCUUCUAAAUAUCCUUGCCUAUUUGCACUGCUCUUUUUUCUUCUAUGAUUCAGAUGCUUGUAUCUACUAAUAUCAACCUAGACUAGUAGCAUCUUAAAGUAAAAUGUUUGUCAGGGAAUCUUUAACUCCUGUGAUGUUUUUUUCAGUGAAAUGAAAUGUCUGGGCAGGUAUAGUCACAAGUCACAAGUCUCCUUCACCUCACCUCACCUGCUGGUAGAUCAGGCGGAGGAGAACAAGGGGGAAAUUAAUAAAUUAUUCCUUGGAAAUAAGAAUGUCAGUGUCUACAUGCUUUUAGUGCCAUUUACAAGAACUGCACUUAUUAGACUUUGCGCCUUAUAGUGUUAUGGUCAGUUUUUGGGUAAAAUACAUUGUACAUAAUUAAAAUGCAUUUUGUUUUUCUGGUAAUGCACAGUACUGUGCAAAAAGUUUAGACACUAAAAGUAUGAAAAAUAUUAUUUCAAAAAUAAUGCCGCAAGUCGUUCUUAUUUAUCCAUUCAUAUGAAGUGCAGAACAACCCGUCUAUCACAGGACUCAUUGUUCUUGGCUCUGAAGAUACAGUAGUUCUUUAUGACUCUGUCUGUAUGUUUGGGGACACUGUCUUGGUGCAGAAUGAGCUUCAGACCAAGCAGAUGCCUGCCUGCUGAUAUUUGUUCGAGGGACAGGAAUCUAAAGCUUUUGCACAGUACUGUAUCUCAUAACCUCCCAAGUUUGUUAAUAAUGCUGAUUGCAAUCAUGUUGCUGUAACAGGAAAAAUUUUGCUUUUUGUGUGUGUUUAUGUGUGUUCACAUGCUCAAAACUACUGUUUGAUUUUUUUAAUUUCAUUUUACUUAAUAUCUGUAUUUACUACCUUUUCCUGUUUUGCAUUUUUUUCUAAUAAAGGCUAUAAUGUGUUGGAUGUAAA